AUUAAACCUGGCCGCGCAAAAAACAAAAAUGGCGCAGGCAAAGUUAACUGAUUUUUUUGGUAGCCGUAAAAGAAAGGCUGAUAAAGCUCUUAGUAAUAAGGAUAAAGUUUUAAGAACUGAUACUGCACCGGUUCCUGCAAAGAGAUUUCUGAAAGAGCGUAAAACAGCAAAAGCUUCGACGCCGAAAGUUGUGGACAAAAGCUCAAAGACUCUAAUCAAUGAAGCUCUAAGCGAUUUUAAAAGUCGGAGAACUAAAAUUUCUCCAGAAACCAAAUCAAUACCUUCAACUAACGCUAAAGCUCUGGCCACAAAGACACUUCGAUUUACCACAUCUAAAUCAAACACUUCUUCAGAUGAAGAAAUUUCGGAAGCCGACAAAAGAGAUAUGGAAGAGAAAAAGAAAAUUCGUGAUGAAAUCUUGGAAUUCAGAACUCGUAAACCCAAAAAUGAAAUCUCUGAUGGCAAUAAAGAAAUUAAAAACAUCAAAAACGAAAUUCUUAAAUUUAGACUUGAGUCAAAGUCUAUUAAGAAAGAAAUUGAAGAAACAACCAAGGCUACGAAGGAUAUACGUAGUGAAAUAUCAAAUUUAAGAAAAGGUAGAAGAAUCCUAAGAAUUUCGUCAGAUGAAGAAGAUAAGACGGAAAUCAAAGUGUCUCAAAAGAUCCCAAAGAAAUCGCUGCCUUUGCCUCCUUCUUAUCAAAAAUUACUCGACACAUUCAUUCAUGUGGAUACUGUUUGCAAGUUGGCACACAGACGCAAGCAAAGAAUGACGUUUGAACAUUUGAAAACUGAAGUGGAGCGCUUUCAAAAGAAGAACUUCAGUAAAAAACAACUGUCGCAGAUAAAAUACAUCUAUCCUAAAGCAUUCAAUUACGUGCAAGAAAGAAAGGAAGGAAACGAUAUCAAAUACGAACUUGUUAUCGAACCAUGUUUAGAUUCUGGAGAAUAUUCCUUGGCUACUUUCAUUUCACGCAAGGCGACUUUUGAAACGACUCUCAUCGAAAAAGUUAAAGAAGAACAUGAGAAAUUUCUCAACUGCCUAACCUCUCCAAUAAAAGUGAGAAAGGAAGAACUGACCAGAUGGCAUCCAAGUUUUGAUAUGACAAAGGUUCCAGAUAUUCCUGAAUCUGCUCUUCCAGAGUCUCCAGAUAUCAGAAAGUUUACAUCUGUGGAGGAUGCCUUAAAGAGGCUUCAGCCUGAAGAGGACACCUCAAAAGUGCACGAACCAUCUACUCCUGUGAAACAGAAGGAGUCAGAACCACCAAAAGUGAGCUCUAAGCUAAAGGGUGUUUCAUCUUCUCUUCUUGAACGUAUUCGUGCUAAAGAAGCGAAGAACAUGGCAAAAAAACUAACACGAACCCCAGAGGAAGAAAAACGCUUACGAAUGCUGGAACGUUUGUCAGAUAUUUCACGUAUUGUUCGUCAGGUCUUCGUUGGUCACACUAGAUUUGCAAUCCCCCUUGAGAAACUUAUUGAAAAAGUGAGGGACAGCAUCAGAACAAUGGGCAUAACUGAAGCAAAGGAACAUAUACUAUUUCUUGAAAGCGAGGUUCCUAAUUUCCUUAAAAUCAUGAAAAUUGAUGAGAAAUUAUGGGCUAAAUUAAAUAUGCAAGCAAACAUGAAUCUUAUCAAAAAGCAGAUUCAAGACAAAAUUGAUAAAGAAAGAAGUUAGAAAACUUUUAGCUAUUUUAUUAUUUUUUUUAUACAUUUAUAUAUUUUUAGUGUAACGAAGCGCUUAGUACCUUUUAAGACACAUUUAUAACCAAUAUAAACUUUGUUACUCUCUGGCGUAUCGUUGUUUCUAAACGAACUUUAAUACAUUUUCUAAACAAUUAUAAAAAAUGCUUGAA